CCGGUGAAAUUAUUAUGCAGCGAUGGUGGAGAAGAAAAUAGCAGUGCGAUCCCAGGACCCAGGCCAGCGGCGCGUUUUGGACUGCGCUACGCGCCAGCGACGCUUAACCAGACAGCUAGAAGCACUUGAAAAGGACAAUUUCCAGGAUGAUCCUCAUGCCAGCCUACCCCAGCUGGCCAAGAGGCUCCCUCAGUUUGAUGACAGCAAUGAGUCUGGCAAGAAGAGGAAGAAGACAAGAGGAGAUCAUUUCAAAUUGAGAUUUCGGAAGAACUUCCAGGCUCUACUGGAGGAAGAGGAACUAAGUGGGAAUGAGGGACCUAACUACCUGACUGCUUGUGCCGAGCCCUCCAAACUGCCACAGCGCCACUUCUGUGCCGUGUGUGGCUUCCCGUCUCCCUACACCUGCAUUUCCUGUGGGGCACGCUACUGCUGUGUCCGCUGCCUGGGCACACAUCAUGAAACCAGGUGUCUGAAGUGGACUGUGUGAUGCUCUCAGUUGGUACGUGUGAAUGGCUGCCUCAUUUUAUUGCUUGAUCAUAUGUCGUCCUGUCAUCAACUGAAGGACAGGUUUCUUUUUUGUGCAGCAUCAGAGUAUCUGAAUGAGUUGUUGACUCCCGUCCAGUCAGUCUGUGUGAGCUAUAUGACUCUCAUCCAGUGAGUCUGAAUGAGUUGUUUGACUCCCAGUCAGUCUGAAUGAGCUGUAUGACUCCCGUCCAGUCAGUCUGAAUGAGCUGUAUGACUCCCAUCCUGUCUGUCUGAAUGAGCUGUAUGACUCCCAUCCUGUCCGUCUGAUUGAGCUGUAUGACUCCCGUCCAGUCCGUCUGAAUGAACUAUAUCACUCUCGUCCAGUAUGUCUGAAUGAGCCAUAUGACACCCAUCCAGUCAGUCUGAAAGAGCUGUAUGACUCCCUUCCAUAGCACCAGACAGUGGCUGAAUGGGGACAGUGCUGUUGCUAUCGCAACAGGCAUGUGGUGAUCUAAUGGGAGCCCCUGCAUGAGAUAGCGAUAACUCAGAAAGUGAAUGGUGUUCAGCCUAGGCCUGAAUGGUGUUUCGCCUAGGCCUGAAUUUGACAAUCAUAUACUGAACAAAAAUCAAAACGCAACAUGCAACAAUUUCAACCAUUUUACUGAGUUAAAGUUCAUAAAAGGAAAUCAGUCAAUUGAAAUCAGGUAAUUAGGCCCUAAUCUAUGGAUUUUACAUAACUGUGCAGGGCACAGCCAUCGGUGAGCCUGGGAGGACGUAGGCCCACCCACUUGGGAGCCAGGCCCUGCCAAUCAGAAUGAGUUUUUCGUCACAAAAUGACAUUAUUACAGACAGAAAUACUCCUCAGUUUCAUCAGCUGUCCGGGUGGCUG